AUGAGGUUUUCUUCAUUUGCUCUGUUUUUCCUGAUAGCUGGGGUUUAUAGGUCUUCAGAGUGUUUCCAUACUGACAUUAUUGGAGGGAGAGAAGUACAGCCACCCUCCUGGUCGUCGAUGGAUUCCAUCCAGGACCACCGCAAGCAUAUUUGUGGAGGAGUCCCAAUCCCACAGUGGGUGCUAACAGCUGCCCACUGGUUUUCCAGAGGCUACUCCCUCACUGUGGGAGCACAUUCUCUUUCAAAAAGGGAGCCCAUGAAACAGACAUUUGAGAUUGAAGAAUUCAUUCCAUUCUCAAGAUCUCAGUCAGAUUUCACAUCACAUGGUAUCAUGCUAAUAAAGCUUCACGCUGCGGUGGAACUGAACAAGCACAUCCAACUUCUUCACCUGAGGUUCAAAAGCUAUAUUAGAGAUGGAGCCAAAUGCCAGGUUACCGGCUAGGGAGCCCCCAACCCGGAUCUGUUAGCCUCCUCCGACACCCUGCAAGAAAUCACCGUUACUAUCAUGAGCAGAAAACACAACAGCCAAAGCUACUACAGCCACAGCCCUGUUGCAACCAAGAACAUGACAUGUGCGGGAGAUACCAGAGGCCGAAAGGACUCCUGCCAGGGAAACUCAGGUGGCCCUUUGAUCUGCAAAGGUGUCUUCCAUGCCAUGGUCUCUCAGGGCCAUAGAUUCGGCAUCAUCAAUACGCCUGGAAUCUAUACCCUAUCGAGCAAGAAGUAUCAGACCUGGUUCAAAAGCAAGCUUGCCCUGUCAAAUGCAAACGCAGAUCAUCGCAAAUGGUUUUCUUAG